AUGGCUGGUAGGGGCAUCAGUAAAAAAUGCACAAAAUGUUCCUGCCAUUCAUCUACUUCUAAAAAAGAACUUUGUGAUUGUUCCUGUAAAGCAAAGGGCUCUCCAGUUUUGGUGGUGGAAAUGUCACAGACAUCAAGCAUUGCUAGUGCAGAAUUUAUAGUUUCACCGGAGAGACCAAAAGAAAAAAGUAGCAGCAGAGAUCUUACCUCUGGAAAAGAUGUGCCCUCAAGAACCUUAAAUGUAGAGAGAAAAGCAUCUCAACAAUGGGGUCGGGCCAACUUUACAGAAGGAAAAGUUCCUCACAUAAGAAUGGAAAAUGGAGCUGCUAUUGAGGAAUUUUAUACCUUUGGAAGAAUAUUGGGACAAGGGAGCUUUGGACUAGUAAUUGAAGUUACAGACAGGGAAACCCAAACUAAGUGGGCAAUUAAAAAAGUGAACAAAGAAAAGGCUGGAAGCUCUGCUGUUAAGUUACUUGAACGGGAGGUGAGCAUCCUAAAAAGUGUAAAACAUGAACACAUUAUACAUCUGGAACAAGUAUUUGAGACACCAAAGAAAAUGUACCUUGUGAUGGAGCUUUGUGAGGAUGGAGAACUCAAAGAAAUUCUGCAUAAGAAAGGGCAUUUCUCAGAGAAUGAGACAAGGUGGAUCAUUAAAAGUCUUGCAUCAGCUAUAGCAUAUCUUCACAGUAAUGAUAUUGUACACAGAGAUCUAAAACUGGAAAACAUAUUGGUUAAAAGCAGCUUUAUUGAUGCUAACAAUGAAUUAAACUUAAACAUAAAGGUGACCGAUUUUGGCUUAGCAGUGAAAAAGCACGGUAGAAGUGAAGCCAUGAUGCAGAGCACAUGUGGGACUCCUAUCUACAUGGCCCCUGAAGUUAUCAAUGCCCAUGACUAUAGCCAGCAGUGUGACAUUUGGAGCAUAGGUGUCAUAAUGUACAGUUUAUUAUGUGGAGAACCACCCUUUUUGGCAAGCUCAGAAGAGAAGCUUUUUGAGUUAAUAAGGAAAGGAGAACUGCACUUUGAAAAUCCAGUCUGGGAUUCCAUAAGUGAUUGUGCUAAAAGUGUUUUGAAACAACUUAUGAAAGUAGAUCCUGCUCAUAGAUUAACAGCUAAGGAGCUACUAGAUAACCAGUGGUUAACAGGCAAUACACUUUCUACAGUAAGACCAACCAAUGUAUUAGAAAUGAUGAAAGAAUGGAAAAAUAACCCAGAAAGUGAUGAGGAAAAUACAACCAAUGAGAAAAAUGGUCAGUCCAUUCAAGGAAGGUUGACAAGUUACCAACUCAAUAUCAAUAACACUUUCAAUCAAGAAGAGGGAAAACAGUCCACUUCUGAAAAUUUUUCUGCAACCAGUAAGAAGGCAUUAGUGGACAACGUUGACAUGUGCUGUUCAAGUAGGCAAUCUAACAAAGGCCUUCCUGUUGAACUCAAGGGAGAAACAGAGAAAAACCCUGGGACUUCAGGCCAAGGAACAGCCAAAUCCACUAAGUCCACAGCCUUCUCUAGAAUCAAAAAGCAACCCUAA